AUGGCGUGCGUCUUCCCCGCGAACCAGGUGAUCGUGGUCGGUGGAGGCCUUGCUGGCAUGUCCGCCGCGAACACAGUGAUCGAGUUGGGUGGACGCAGUCUGCUGCUGGACAAGUCCUCCUUCUGCGGCGGCAACAGCACGAAGGCCACUAGCGGCAUCAAUGGUGCUGGCACGAAGACGCAGAAGGGCAAGUCAAUCCCGGACAACGCCGAAAUCUUCAUCGCGGACACCCUGAAGGGUGGCGCCAAGAAGCCGGAGCUCGCCAAGGUCUUGUGUGCCAACAGCGCUGCAGAUGUGGAUUGGCUCGUGGACAAGUUUGACUUGGAUUUGUCGCUGGUCGCCCGACUCGGCGGCCACUCUCAGCCCAGGACGCACCGCGGGAAGGAGCGAUUCCCUGGUAUGACCAUCACCUAUGCACUGAUCCAAAUGCUGGAGAAGGUGGCAGAGAAGACCAACCGCGCCCGCAUUAUCACAAAGGCUGAGGUCUUCAAGCUGCUCCAGAAUGGCUCGGCCGUCGUAGGUUGUGAGUACAAGAAGGCCGGCAAGGUGGUGAAAGAAUUCGGGCCCAUGGUCCUCGCAUCCGGCGGCUUCGGCGCGGACUUCGGCGCGGAUUCGCUGCUGGCCACCUACCGGCCGGAUCUCCUUCAUCUUCCGACCACCAAUGGCGAGCACUGCACCGGUGAUGCCAUCAAGAUGGGCGAGGCCAUCGGCGCUGCAACUAUCGACUUGGAGUGGGUUCAGGUGCACCCGACUGGUCUCGUGAAGCCGGAUGACCCCGAUGCCAAAGUCAAGUUCCUGGCGGCAGAGGCCCUGCGUGGCGUGGGCGGCAUCGUUUUGGAUGCGAAUGGCGACCGCUUCUGCAAUGAGUUGGGCCGCCGCGACUACGUGACGGGUGAGAUGUGGAAGAACAAGCCGCCCUUCCGCCUCUGCCUGAACAGGGCUGCAGCUGACGAGAUCAUCUGGCAUGCUAAGCACUACACCGGCCGUGGCGUCAUGAAGUUCUACUCGACAGGUGAGGACCUGGCCAAGGACAUGGGCGUCCCCUUGCAGAAGCUCGUCGAUGCGCACCAGAAGCACUUCGAAGCUGCCAAGAAGCAGGAGAAGGACCCCGAUGGCGGCCCCUUCCCGGCCUACCCAUCCGGCAAGACUUGGGACGAGCCCAGCGGGAAGACGGGCAGCGGCAAGAAGUUCUUCCACAACAUCAUCGAUGGCUCGAAGGUGCCUACCGAACCCUUCUAUGUGGCGAUCAUCACUCCUGUAAUCCACUACUGCAUGGGUGGGCUCGAGUGCACCGUGGACGCCGAGUGCAUUGACAAGAAGUCGGGCAAGGUCAUUCCUGGACUUUAUGUUGCUGGCGAGGCGGCUGGUGGCAUCCACGGCAACAACCGCCUGGGUGGCAACUCUUUGCUGGACUGCGUCGUGUUUGGCCGAGUUGCUGGCAAGGCCGCAUGCAAGUUCACCUUCGGUGCUGGCGAGAAGUUCAAGCCUUGCCCUCCGCCGGGCGAGCUGAAGGCUUGCUCCCUGCAUUCCCGCUGGCCCGCGGGUGGCGGCCCUGAGUUUGUUGUGGUGGGCAAGUGCAUUCUCUUCAACAAGACAGGUGACGCUACAGCACCUGUUGGGGGCUUGGCACCUGGGAAGGUGGCGGUGCUUCGCGCAGAGGCCGAAGUUCGCGUCGGCGUAGGCAAAGUGAAGGAUGAUGACUUUAAAGUGUUAGACGGGUUCUUUGUCGGGAAUGCGGCAUGGGCUUACAAGGCUGAGUUGAUGAGGCAUAUCGCGAGGGCCACCUGGUGGCGAUGGAAUUUCAUGGAUGAACGCCUGCGAUGCAACCCCUGGGAAUCCUGGGAAGAUGUCACAGCGGCGGCGAAUGAGACGAGCAAGAUCUUCAACUGGAUUGAGCAUGAGGUGACGCUGAAGGCGCCUUGGCUUUGCAAACGGCGCCACUCCUUGUGCUACUGGGCAAAGACCAUCAGCAGGAUUGGCUACCCAAAAAGCGUGGAGUUCACUGUCAUCGGAAGCUUUAGGCCUCACGAAGAGUUAUCGGUGCUAGCAUCUUGGGUUCCAGAGGGCCUCGUUACCAAGGGGAGCCUAGCCAUACCCGAAGUAAGAGAGAGGAAGAGCCUGGAGCGUAUUCUGGAUCCUCAACUUUGCUUGCGGCCAGCUUAA